AUGGGCAGAUUUUGUCAUGUUGAUGAAGCUGUUGAUCUAACAGGUGUGUCUCUGUGUCUUCAGGUGUCAGAUUUCGGUCUCAGCAGGUUCCUGACUGAAAACUCCUCCGACCCGACGUACACCAGCUCUCUAGGAGGAAAGAUUCCCAUUCGGUGGACGGCUCCUGAAGCCAUCGCCUACAGGAAGUUCACGUCGGCCAGUGACGCUUGGAGUUACGGCAUCGUCAUGUGGGAAGUGAUGUCAUACGGAGAGAGGCCAUAUUGGGACAUGAGCAACCAGGACGUGAUCAACGCCAUCGAGCAGGACUACCGGCUGCCGCCGCCGCCGGAGUGCCCCGCCUCCCUGCACGCGCUCAUGCUGGACUGCUGGCAGAAGGAACGAGCCAAUCGGCCGAGGUUCUGCGACGUGGUGGCGUCGCUCGACAGGCUGAUCCGAAACCCCGCCUCCCUGAAGGUGACGCUCCAGGAAGGACGAAG